AUGCCUUUUACCCCACCACCACCAUUGGUUGCCCCGCGGACGUGGACACGCGAGGGCAGCGCUUUCUUUAUCUCAAAUGAUCCUGUGUUUAUAUCGGUCGAAGAUGUCCAGGCGGCGUUCAAAAUGGAUUUCCUUUACUGGACCAAGAAAGAUCUGCCGGAUGAAGUACUGGCACAAAUGCUUUACGGCUCCUCCUCGUUUGGAGUUUACAAGAGAAGUGAACCGUCCGACUCGCACACCGAACUGCCUUCGAAGAUUGAACAAAUUGGGCUUGCACGGAUGAUCACAGACGGCGCAACCUUUGGCUAUCUGUCAGACGUGUAUGUGCUCCCAGCCUAUCAAGGGAAGGGGCUGGGGAAAUGGCUCAUCGACUGCGUCGUAGAGAUAUUCUCUCCGAAGACUAUGCCGUAUCUACGGCGGACAAUGCUCCUCACGGGUGAUAAGCAUGUCGAGGAGAUGUAUGGGAAAGCAUUUGGGAUGAAAGUGGUCGGUCAUGAGAAACGGCCGGAGUUUGGAAAAGGACUUGGUCUUCAUGUGUGGCAGGCCUAA